CUCCCACUACGCACGCGCAGGCCUGGACCCCGCGGGACCGCUAUUCGAGUCUUACGGCAUCCAUCUGACAAAAGACGACGCCGCCUUUGUGGAUGUGCUGCACACGAGCAUCGGCAGCGGGUGGACGGACAUAGUCCAAGGCCGACUGGGAAUGAGCACCAGUUGCGGACACGUGGACUUCUACCCGAAUGGUGGGAGGGAGCAACCGGGCUGCUGGAGAUUCACCUCCUGCUCGCACUCGAAGUCGACCGAGUUCUACGCCGAGUCGGUGCGCAAGUGCGAUUUCCCGACCCGCUCGUGCAAGAGCUACGACGACUUCGAGGCCGGAAAGUGCGUGCCCAGCUGCGAAGACGGCCGCACUUGCGGGCACAUGGGCCACCCGGCCAGAUUGCCGCAGGCCGGCGACCACUUCACGAAGACCUCGAAGCAGGAUUGCCCGCCCAGGGGCAUCGGCUUCAACCUGCGCGUGCAGACCGUGUUUAUGAAAGCGGACCCGGACACGAUGCUGCUGAACUCGCUGGGACGUUCGGUGAAGAUCCUUCUCGAACACGCCUCGCCCGAAGAACGUCGGGAACUCCUGGACGCGCUCAGAGCGGAGCUGGCUGCGCGCACCAGUCAGGGGCAUAAUGAAUGAACAACCGUUGGGCUGACCGCUAGACCGAUCGCUAAGCUUGCCCUUAACUUGGGUUUAUGCUGUUGUACUGUUGAAUGUACUGUUUUAGGAAUAUUACCGCGAAUUUGUGCUUUUAUGAAGUACGGAAGUUGGGAAAUUUGAUGCUAAAGCACGUCUCAAGAUGCCGCACCUGGCGUCAUCGACAUUACCGUGACGCCACGACCGAGAAGAAUUGGCUGUCGUUUUGUAGCAAUAAUGCUAUGUGUUCGGCCUUUUAAAUUCCACGGAACUU